UCUUCUCUCCAGCCUGGCAGCCUGACCAACUAGGAAGCUAGCAAGAAAACAAGAGAGUGAAUUUCGGUCUUUUCAUGUUGUUUUGGCUUGCCGAGGCCGCGUGACAUUUUGCUUUUCGACUAUAAACCCUAGCGAUCGAUCAGAAACUACAAAACACUGAAAUGGCGGCAGAACAGCAGCAAUUUUUCCUGAAAUGGAACGACUUCCAGUCAAACAUGGUCUCAUCUUUCAAGCACCUGCGUGACGAGAAGAGCUUCACAGACGUGACGCUGGCCUGCGACGGCCAAACCUGCAAAGCGCACAAAAUGGUCCUUUCAGCUUGUAGUCCCUACUUCAAGUCGUUACUUGAGGAAAAUCCUUCAAAGCACCCGAUCAUCAUCCUCAAAGAUGUGCCAUUUUCCCACCUGCAGGCAAUCCUAGAGUUCAUGUACGCUGGGGAGGUGAAUGUUUCCCAGGAUCAGCUGCCCGCCUUCUUGAAGACAGCCGAGCGGUUGAAAGUGAAAGGACUGGCUGAGGCGCCCCAAUCGAUUAAGAGGGAACAUUAGAUGUUAGGUGUCAUUGUUGGUCAAAGAGUUUUCAAAGGCAGAAGCAGCAGCAGCAGCAAGUAAUCCAGAUCUGGCCGCAUUUGUGCAGACAAGAAAAAUCGUGACCUGCCAUCCAACACGCGUCUUCUUUGCUAGUUGCGGCCGGAGGCUCACACACCAAACCAAUGCUCCGUUCCACCGACCAUCCAGCAAGUGAAAUGACAGCAACCACAUACACACAAACAUUUCCGUAUUCCGUGCCCAAACAUCAAUCUGCUUGACGAUGGUUAAUCUGCUGGACCGAUAUUUAUUGCUAUUAUAAUUGAUCGAACUGUACUAUCUUGUAUGUUAAUAUUAAGUACUCCGAGUUCUCCUCAUCUACUGUAGUGAAUGUGCUUUUGGUUACACGCUUACGACAAGCCACCUUUGCGGUCGGUUCAUUUUCUCCCGCAGAUCAUGCAAUUCGAACGUGAGUGAGCACCAGCUCUCGCGACUUCGACAAAUUGUACCUGCAAAUAAUGAGGAAUUUUAGUUCACAUUCAAACAACACGUGCAUCAAUCAAUAAACAGAAUUUUCAUUUAAUGUGAGUAAAACACUUUGAGUUCACAGACCUCGAGUUUUUGCAAUUUUUGAUCAACUGUUUUUCUCUAGGAGAUAGAUGACUAAAACGGUUGCUUUCAAGCUGAAUAAUGCAUAAUAUGUGAUGGUUUUUAAUCACAAAGUCGGCUCCACAGGAUUAUCCUAGGCAUUGAAAGCUUGCAUUGAGACAUAGUUGGGUGAAACCAU